GUCUCUGUGGUGUUGAAUCUUUGCUCUGGACCAUGUGUUCAUCAGAGGGCAGGGUAGUCUUUGGUGCCAAGAGAUGGUGCUGACUUUCUCUUUGUCUUUCAGACCCGAACUCUUCAAUGAAGACUGCCAACCACACAGAGGUAAGACAGUUUAUUUUCCAAGGCUUCUCAAGCUUCCAAGAACAUCAGCUCACACUCUCUGUGGUGUUUCUCACCCUGUACAUUCUAACUCUGGCUGGCAAUGUCAUCAUUGUGACUAUUAUCCAUAUUGACCAUCAUCUCCACACCCCCAUGUACUUCUUUCUAACUGUCCUCUCCACAUCAGAGACUUUCUACUCCCUGGUCAUCAUUCCACGCAUGCUUUCCAGCCUUGUAGGCCUGAGCCAAUCCAUUUCCCUGGAGGGCUGUGGGACCCAGCUUUUUUUCUUCCUUGGCUUUGCCAUCACCAACUGCCUUCUGUUGGCAGUAAUGGGAUAUGAUCGCUACGUGGCCAUCUGCAACCCACUUCGUUACUUAAUCAUCAUGAACUGGAGGGUCUGUGCCAUGCUGGCAUCCUCAGUCUGUGCCGCAGGGUUCUCACUCUCACUGGUUCAGGCUGUGGCCAUUUUCAGACUGCCCUUUUGUGACUCACUGAUUGAGCAUUUCUUCUGUGAUGUUCGACCUGUGUUGAACUUGGCUUGUGCUACCCCAAUCAUCAAUGAUAUCCUGACCUUAAUUAUCAGCCUCUUGGCCAUCACAGGCCCUGUCACCUUCCUCUUCAUCUCCUAUAUCCUCAUUAUUUCUACCAUCCUCAAGAUCACCUCAGUUGAGGGCCGGAAGAAGACCUCUGCCACCUGCGCCUCCCACCUCACUGUAGUCAUCGUCCACUAUGGCUGUGCCUCCAUUGCCUACUUCAAGCCCAAGUCAGAGAACACCAAGGAUCAGGAUCAGCUGAUCUCAGUGACCUACACUGUUAUAACACCUUUACUAAACCCUGCUGUGUAUAGUCUAAGAAACAAAGAAGUCCAGGAUGCUCUGCAGAGAGUGGUGGGUAGGAAAUUCCUUACCUAA